AUGGAUAGUAAGAAUUUUCAAUCACACAUAAGGACAUACAACAUGAUGUUUGCUUUCACUUCAGUGGGAGGUAAGUUGGACAACAGGUUUAAUAAUGAUCGUGGUCCACCAACAAUAAGAAUCCAAGGCCAAGCUUGCCACCGCAUUGGAAGUUUACUGCCACCUGAAGGCCAUCCACCCAAAUUUUCCCAGCUUUACAUAUAUGAUAAAGAGAAUAAAGUUACAAAUAGAAUGGACACUCUCAGAGACAAAAACAACAUUCAUCCUGAUAUAAUCCAAAACUUGUCAGAUAUGUUAUACCGACAUAAUACACAUGCAAAAAGUUUCUUAAUGGCUAGACAAUGGCUUAAUCAAAGCAAUGUUCAUAACUUAAAACUCAAAUUAAUAUCCACAAGAUCUACUGAUGGAAGAUUGUAUAAUCAACCAACUGUUUCAGAAGUAGCUGCUUUAAUCGUUGGUGGCAUAGACACUGUUGAGGAAAGAGACAUUAUAAUGCAGGCCAAAGGUGGACAACUGCAACAUAUUGAUGAGUUUCAUCCAAGUUAUUUGGCAUUCCAUUAUCCUUUGAUUUUUCCUUAUGGAGAAGAUGGUUAUAGAGAUAACAUUGCACAUAGAGAUCUUGAUAUUUUUGAUGACUCUCAAAGGAACCGACUUAUUAUUCGAGAAUAG